UUUAAAUUCCGCUUUUCACUAAUUUGUCUCUGGUACACCCGGUAUACCGCGUUAUUGUGGUUUAAACUAUGCUUGCCAGACUGUCUUUAGUGUUUUCUAUGUUUAUGUUAUUAUUAUUUAUGUACGGAAUACUGAUUAACGUGCAGAAAAUUGAAGACAACAAAUGCAGAAUGACGUAUAUGUAUGAGGUUCCGCAAUUUUUGCGGCUACCUUUGCUAGAAAGUGAUAGUUUUCCGGCGUUCGGAUUAUACGCAUACACUGAAGGAGAAAAUAUUCAUAAAGUAAAAAGCGUAGAAUUUAGUGGUGCUCCAAUACUUUUUAUUCCUGGCAACGGCGGGUCAUUCAAACAAGUUCGAUCACUUGCUUCUGUUGCGUUGCGAAAAGCUAUCAAAAAUAAUUUACAUACACAAGCCAAUUUUUUUACAGUGGACCUAGACGAACAAUAUUCUGGAUUAUACGGAGGAGUACUGGAUCAACAGGUUGAAUUUGUACAAUUGUGUAUUCGAAAAAUCCUUGAAUUGUAUAGUCGUUAUUCUGACGGACCAAAAUCAUUGAUACUGGUGGGACAUUCGAUGGGAGGCAAAAUCGCUCAAGCUGUAGCAGUUUACCCUGGAAUUGCACCACUAAUAAAUACCAUACUUGCUAUUUCAUCGCCACUUGAUUUACCUGUAUUGGCAAUGGAUCACUAUUACCACCAAUUCUAUACCACGAUAAAUGAGCACUGGAGUUCGAAUCGGAGCUUUUGUACAACUACCUUAAAGAUAUCUACACGUUUCGAUCAAUUUCAAUGUGAUGAAACUGAUAAACCCAUAAAAUCACUGGAUCACAUCCUGCUUGUAACUAUAGGAGGAGGUGUACGGGAUACAAUGGUUCAUGACGCUCUUACUUAUUCGACUUUUAGCGAUCUGCAUGCUAUGACCUAUAAUAUUCCUAAUGUUUGGUUAUCGGCUGAUCACGUUUGUAUUGUAUGGUGUUUACAAUUAGUUUUGGUUAUAAAUAGAUUUUUCUAUAGUAUAAUUCAAACCAAUAAAUUCGGAAAAAACAAAUUUAUUGAUGCAAAAUACGUAAGAAAGCAGCAAGCGAACCUAUAUUUUAAGGGUAAGGAUGCAUAUCUUACAGAGAAGUUGAAAAUAAGAAACAAUGUCGAUCACGAAACUUGGAUUGAGGAUAUUCGUAGGAAUUUCCAAUAUAAGUUCAAGACAGGUCUACCACGUACACGAAUGCAGAUGAUACGGCUAACUGACGACCCAUUGUAUAAGUACUUAGCAUGUGAAGUGACUAACUUGCUUUCAAAAGAUUGGGUCUUUGGAUGCGCUGCGAAUGAAAUGCAUGAAAAUAUGCGCUACUGCUCCGACUCGAUUUCUUUAAACAAUUAUAGUAAGAUUUUGCCUCCUCGUGAGCACAAUCGACAAAUUGUUGAGCUGGAUUUACAUGAUCUGAAACAUAAAAAUCCAUCAUGGACUCAUGUACUACUUAGGUUUCCAAAGUCGCAAGAAUUAUUAUACUUCUCCAUUGAUAUAAACAUGUAUUACAAUAGAAUAUUGAAUGUUACUUUACCUAAAUGGUAUUCAUUUGGAAAUACGGCAUUAAUCGACGACACACAGCUGGGGAGUAUCUUUUAUAAAAUAAAUAUAUAUGGAUUGGACUACAGUUUUCAGGCAUUUGCUAUCGUAAUAACUACCCGGUCAUGUAAUUCGACGAGUCACCCUCCCUUAAUCGAUGUCAAUAUUCCUUGGAGUGAACAUUUUAACAGAUUUUCAUAUAACGUGAGAGCGAAAAAUCGUAGUAUUUUCUACGUCUUCAUCCCGGUCAAUACACCGGUACAUAGGACGGGAGAUUAUCCCGUGCUUGUCAAUUUAUAUAUUAGUCCAGAAUGUCGCUAUUCUAUAAGUUACGAGCAAUCUAUUAGUGUGAUGAUAGCAAGAAUUGUACAACAAUUUGGAUCGUGGGUACCAGCUCAUUGUGUUGCUGUUCUGCUUUUGUCUUUCAAACAUCAAAUGUCUUUGAUUCCUGACAAUAAGAAUUUCAAAUGUGGAAGUUUCAAUUUAGCGAUAGUAAAAAGCACACCGUUGUUUUUAAUUUCAGCGUCUGAAAAUACUCUUCCACCUGGCUGCUACCGUCGUUUGGUCAGUAAGCAGGUUGCCAGCACUAUCAUUGCACAUCACAGGCAUGGCAAAAUUCUUGCACCUGACCGUUUUGUGGAAACUCCGUGUGUCGUUGCUGACGAACCUCUCCUCUGGACUGGCGAACACGUGCUCUUCGUACUGGCGUUUUUAGACGCAUCGCGAGCGUUUGAUAAAAUAUUUUCAUUACUAAAGAUAUUACCCCAGCCGGAAAAUUGUGAUGCAUCUUUCAUCAUUUUAAUUAUCAUUAAUGGAGCAGCUAAAGCGUUUUUAUAUAUGGUGACAGCGGUGGCAUGGACCUGUAUUGUAUCUUGUGGAAAUCUUGUUCAUCGAAUAUUACUAAGGUUGAUUGCUUGUCCGUUGCCACAGGUAUCAUCUACACUUGUUUUUUUUAUUCAAAAAUUUCCUCUCGCUAUUGGGAUCAUAUUAAUAUCUGUAGCAUUCACAUCGUCUGGCAGUGUCGCGUUAUCAUGUGCAUGUUUUAUAUAUUUUAUCAAGAUUACCAAAAUGUAUGAGGAAUAUCUGGAGAACUGCGUCCACAAAAUUGCACAAAACGCAGCAAAUUAUUUCGGUAGAGAAGUCCAAAAUAUAUGCAGCAGAAAAGACAUUGGCAAUAAAGAUCAAAGCAAUCGUCUAGACGAUGAAAAUGCUACUACAUCUAGUGCAAAUAAUCAAAAGGAAUACGAUAGCAUUCACCAUUGUUUGAAUUGCAUACAUUUUCACUUCACGAUGUUUUUGUUAUUAGUCGUGGCCUGCAUGAUUAAUUUUCCAAAUUUUAUAACGUGGGCAAAGACUUACAGAUUCUCGCCAUCGCUUAAACCGGACGCUUCUUUGAUUCCAUCAUUGAUCCAGCUGAUCUGUUUAUCAACCCUUUGGCAAAUUACCUCACCUAAAAAUAUCAAAGGAUACAAACAUAUUGCUGGAAUCCUGUAUCUAUUAGCAGUUGUGUGCAUCGUAUACUGUCAAGUACUAAUAUAUAGGCUCAAUUUUGUGAUAUCUUCGGUUUUUCUUAUCGUUACUGUCCACCAAGUAUUUGGGCAAAAGCGAAACGUUGAAAAUUAAAUUUGUUUGAAACA